UUUACUGUUUUUCAUUUGCAGAAUGGAAACUCUUAAGAGGCACUUGCCAGCAGGUGGCCCCGAUGGACUGUCUGAACUCAGGAAAAUUGCUGCAAGAUUUGAAGAGAAGAUCUUUACUAGUGCUGAGAACCAGGCAGAUUAUUUGAGGAAAAUAUCUCUAAAGAUGCUCACUAUGGAGACAAAAUCUGCCUUAGAGAAUUCUACGGCAUCAAACCCUACUGGAGGAAACCAAAAUAUGCAAGAUCAAGGUGAACAUUUGUGAAGUA